AUGUAUUUUACAGUGUGGAAAAUCUCGAAAGCGUUUAUAUUAAUUCUCUUUUUGUUCACUAAAGCUCCUGGAUUACCAAGUCCAACGUUCCACUGGAUUCGAUCAUUUGGAUUCGAUGAAAAGCAAGAGAUUAUAUCAGAAUAUUCAGACUCUGAUUAUGAUGAAGUUUCAAAGACACUUACCAUUCGGUUAUACGGUCUCAAUCUACUAGAUUCUGGAAUAUACAGUUGUUUUGUACAAAAUCAUCUUGGUUCUAGUCAACCAGCCUCCGUCAGUGUACUAAUUAAAAGCAAGCCAAUGUUGAUAAGCAAACCAUUUGGACAGGCAACUUUACACCUACAUACUGCCAGCUUACUAAACAACCACAGAAAUGCUGGUCAUUACAAUGAGAUUGGAAAUCUGUUACAAUAUGGUGUUAAUAUAGUUAACAAGAGAAAUAUGAGCUGUACAUUUAUAUCAAGUUUACCGCCUGAUAUACAAUGGCUGUUUCAUAGAAACCAAGGCAUAUUUACUAAUCAUCAUAAUAUAUUUGAUAAUGAUUAUAGUAUAUUAAAACAAUCAACACGUAACUAUAUCAUGAAGAAUAAAUUUGGUCUAUGGAGAAUUGAAACAUGGUUAGAAUUUCAAGAAGUUGAUAUACUUCUAUAUGUUAAAAAUACUUUAAAUAAAGUAUUAAAGCGACUGGAUAUUGAAUUUACUGAAAAAUUGACACUAUACAAUUGGAAUUUUCAAGUAUUAAAACAAAUAUUGGAAUUUAUUAUAAUUCUUCGAAUGGAAGGCAAGUACUUAUGUGAAACAUCUAAUUCAAUGGGUAUUGAACAAGGUUCAAUAAAUUUAACAAUACAAACACCACCAAGACCAUUUAUCAGCUUCAAUGAAAUCACAUCAACUUCUGCUGAUUCAUCAAAGACAGGCAAUCAGUACACGAGUAGUUCAAAACUUUAUGGUCCAUUAUUUUGUCAAUUUUUUGGUAAACCAGCUGUACAUACAAUCAACUGGUGGAAAUUUACUGGAUCAAACUAUCAUGAAAUAAAUGAUGCUGAUAAUAAUAAUAAUAAUUGGAAACUAAUUUAUACCAUUGAAAAUUUUAAUAAAACAAUAAAAUUUGAAGAAGUGAAUAAUUAUCUGAUUGUCACCGGAAAGCCAGCAUUCAUUAUUCCAUCAACUUACGAUUUCACCUCAAGCGGGAAACAGACGGACUAUAACAAUUUCUACUAUAGUUUAGAGAAAACAAAUUACAAAUUUACUAUGUUCACAAUGCUAUGGUUAAAAGAAGUAAAUUCUGAAGACUAUGGAUAUUACAAGUGUGAAUCAGUUAGCGAAGUUGGGCGGGUUUCUGAAAUUCGUCUACUCAAAGAACCAAAUGUACCACAAACUAUUACUGAACUCUAUCAAAUUCAAUCCACAUGGACAUCUGUCACUAUAUCCUGGGAACAGAAUUAUCAUGAUUCACAACUGGAUUUACCAUAUCAAGAUAUAUUGAAUACAUCAAAUGAUAAUAAUAUCUUCACUGCUAUCCGGAAUUUUUUACAAAUUUGGCUUGAUAAAAGUCAAAGUGCACAAAAAUAUCUUAUUGAAUUAGAAGACCAUGGAACAAACUCUAAUUUAUCUGAAACUUUCAAACCAACAAACAAAUCAAGUCUCUUCCCCAACUUUGCAUCAAUGUACAAAAGUGGCCCUCGUCUAUUAUAUGAAAGUAAAGCUGGAAACACUGAGAGGAAGACACUUAUAACUCAUUUUCUGGUAAAUACUAGAGGUGAAAAUCUUAUUAACAUCAGCGUAUUUACCUAUUGGCGAAAUAAUGAUCACAUUACACCAGCUUAUAAAAAUAUGAAAAGUGACUCGAUUGAAAUGUGUGAAAGCUUUUUAAAACAAACACCAAUUCAGUCAGUAGCUGUAAAAUUCAAGACCCAUUCAACAAGUAAAGAUCUUUAUCGUCAGUGGAAUGGAAUGAAAUCGUGUAAAAACUUCAAGGAAUUAAUUGAACAACCUAUUAAAGUCAAUAAAGAGGAGAAAGCUUAUCCAAUUGCAUUCUCCAUCUCUGUUUAUGAAGAUGUUGGAAGGAUAGCCAGGUUAUUACGGUUAAUUUAUCGACCACACAAUCUCUAUUGUAUACAUGUAGAUAAAAAAUCACCAGAAUGGUUUUAUCGACAGAUUGUUGAAUUAUCUCAAUGUUUUGGUAAUAAUGUACUAGUUGUCAGUCGAGCCAGAAGUAUACCAGUCGUCUGGGGACAUUAUUCAGUACUUGAAAAUUUUUUGAUUUGUGCUGACAUACUACUGAAUAAUCAAAAUGUUAAAUGGAAGUAUUUAUUUAAUAUUAAUGGAAAAGAAUUACCACUGCGUACAAAUUGGGAAUUGGUUGCUGCUUUAAAAGCAUUGAAUAUGUCUAAUGUUGUACAAUUCUCUGCUAGAAAUGGACCAAAGCAUAGAAUUCCUAAAAAGAAACCAAGUUUUCCAGUUACAUGGAUAAAAGGAAGUUUUCACGCUGUUCUACGACGAGAUAUGGUUAACUAUAUACUGCAUGAUAAACAUUCCCUUGAAUUAUUAAGUAUACUCAAAGAAGAAGAGCCUCUAUUAAAAGUACCCGAUGAAAUGCUUUUCAGUACACUUGUUUAUAAUCCACAACUUGGUGCUCCUGGUGCAUGUCUUAAAAUUCAUCAAUCGAAUACAAAAAAUUCUCGAUCACUAUUUGUUGCACGAUAUAAAUUAUGGUGGCCGAAUUAUUGUGCAUCAAAACGUUUAGUUCGUGGAAUAUGCAUAUUUGGUGUACAACACUUGCAUGAAUUUACACAGAGGCCAGAAUUUUUUGCCAAUAAAUUCAAUCUUGGAUUUUAUGAUUUUGCCUAUGAUUGUUUAGAGUAUUGGAUAUUGAAAAAAUUGAAAAGUGAACAGAUGGCGGGAGAAUUAAGUGGGCAAUUUAAUACAACCUUCUAUUCUAGACUAUUCUGUUCACGUAGUCAUAUUUAGAUAGGAAGUAUUUUUCACUGUAUCAUUCCAGUUAUGAAGUCUGUUAACUUUCGAUAAAUAAUUUUGUAUUUAAUUUCUCAAAAUGCACUAAAUCAAAGUUUUAUUUUUCCCCCCAUGAUGGGAUAUUGUUUACUUC